ACCACUUGCAGUGCAACAUGAGAAGCGAUAAUGUGCCUCAAAUAAGAAACGACUCUACUUAAGUACACUUGAAGAGCAAAACAUUGGCACAUCGCAAAAAGGAUAUAUACAGUACACACAUAUAGUGAAAGAAACACAUUUCCCGCGGCUUUCAGCGGUGGACAUGGGUUGUACGUUGGCGACUCCUCCCCCUGGGCUCGUUGACAGCAGGGAACUGGCCCAGAUUUUGUCCCCUGAGGACAUAAAAGUUGUUCAAGAAACCUGGCUUUACCUGCAAGACGACAUGUCAAGGAUGGGACUGGAGAUAUUUAAACGGUUCUUUGCGCAAAAUGGUGAUCUCAAAAGGCUGUUCUACAAGAAACUCCAUUGUUCAGGCGUGACGUUGGAAAACGUCGCUCACAUUCCAUUCGAUGAACGAAAGCUUAUGUCACAUGGGCUUGUAGUCAUGGAAGCGCUCGGCGCCGCAGUCGAAUGUCUUCAUGACAGUGAUCAACUAUCAUUGCUUUUAAUUGGUGUUGGUGAGAGACAUGUUCUGUAUGGUGUACAACGAGAAAUGAUCCCGCGUCUGUGGCCAGCGAUUGUGUCAGUGAUCGAAGAAUACUUGGGGGAGCAUUUCAGCUCAAAGGCGGGGCGGUCCUGGGAGCGGGUGUUUCAGUAUAUCGGAUCAAGAGUAAUUGAAGGCAUUGAAAGAUGGCAUAAGAACAUGGACGUUGAAAAACAACUGGAACCCGAUCAACACUGA